UCGUUAACUCGUACUUAUGGAUUUUCCGGCAGGGUUCUGGAAUGCAUAUAUAAUACUAGUACGUGUGUAAACACAUUGCCUACUAAAAAAUGAUCAAAAAUAAAAAAACUCGGCCACUUACUUUUUAGUAAUUAACUGCAUCCCGUACGCAAUAGAAUUGAGUUUGUGUUUUGUGAGAGAACGCUAUAUUUUUUCAACGAAAUUCUAGAAAGUUAACCAACAUGAGGCAUUCAAGGAAUAUAACCAUUUUUGUGGGAUUCUUAAGCGCUUGCUUGGUUCAGCAAAUAAACAGUUUGCCACAAGCUGGCCGCGGUUGGUCUCCUGCACGUCCAAAUGCCACUUCCUACAAUAAUCGUUGGCAGCAAAAAUUUCAGACGACGCGAUCACCAACACAAAAUCAGCAACCUAAUUGGCAAUCUAAUGGUGGCUGGAGCUGGCUCAUAGCAAAUAAUAGUGCACCGCAAAAACCACAACAACAACAACAACCGCAAUGGCAACAAGGUAAUGGUACACGCCGAUUUGUGGAUGGUGCAGCUUAUCAAUCAGAAGGUGAAAGAGUUUGGUUAAAUAAUAACCAAUCACAUCCGUUUAUCCAAGUGCCUGGUUUUGGAAAUCGUCCAAAUUUUGCAAUAGCUAAACAACCGAAUCGAAACAACUCAUUGGCAACAGUUAGUAAUAAUGGAUUCGGUUGGAGAGCGCCACAGCCCAAUUACUGGGGACCUGUUGGCACUAACUCGUCAACACAAAAUGUUCCAACAACGCGUCAGCCAGCCGGAAACAAUGGCUGGCAAAGAAAUCCCUCAACAGCCAGUACUUGGAAUAUUGGGCGUCCCGCCGCCUAUAAUUCUACAACAGGUGGACAGAAUGCUGGCAAUUGGUAUUCUCCUGCUAACACACCAACGCCACCACGCAAUGCGGGUUGGGCUACGCCUAUUAAACCGAAUAUUAAUACAAACUGGAACGGUGUUGCUAGCAAUGGUACUAGUGGACGCGGUGGUGUCAACUCAUAUGCCAAUUGGAAUUCACCUCUCCCGGGUAGUACACUUAUAGCUGGGAAUAAUAAUCAAAGCGCUUUUUUUAGCAGUGGACCAACAGCUCCUGCUCGCAACAACUCAGACUCUGGUUACUCAGGCUUUGCACCCGUGGGAAACGGAGGCCAAUUACCUCCUGGUAGUUAUGGUGCUAGUUCCAGUUACGGUACGCCACUAGCACCACUGGCUGGCGGAAGUUCGUGGAGCUCUAAUUCAUCACAAGCUGGCUGGAGCUACACAAAUGGACAACAGCAACCACAAGCGCGGCCUACUAACAAUUCGAAUCCUUAUGUCAACUUAUUUUAUUGAUUAUUUAAAAACGCAUAGAAUUUAUUGGAUUUAUUUAUAUUGGCCAUUAAAGAAUUAUUCAUCUCAUAAUUGUUCUAGCAUCGAU